AUGGAUAAUAAUAUUAAUAAUAAUAAUAGUAUAGAUAGUAAUAAUGAAAUUAUAGAAAUUAAUAAAAUAAAAAAUAUAAAUUUUAAUCAUAUAGAGCAGGUUUCUUUAAAUGAUUUAAUAUUAUUAUCAAGACUAUUCAAUUUAUCUUAUUCUGGCAAAAAAGCAGAUAUAUGUGUUAGAAUAAAUAAUUUUAUAAAACUUAUUCACGAAACUCAAAACUGUGAUGAAUAUAACAGUGUUGUUGGCAUAAAAAGAGAAAAAAAUUUAGAGAAUUCAGAUUUAAUUAAUAAUAGUUGUUAUAACUUAAAAAUCAAAAAUAUCGAAAAUUCAGAGUUUUUAUUUUGGAAAGUAGUCAAAAACAAGUACCUUUUUAGAAUUAUUAUUCAGUUCUUAAAAGAUGGCAACAACAAUGACCAGUUCUCAAAAAAAUAUUAUCAAGCAAUAGAAGUGGAAUGGAUGAUCAAACACAAUCAUAAAGAGUUACUUAAGGAUAAAAUAAAAAAUGACCAAUAUUUAUUAUUCCCAAAAAUUAAACAAUCAGCUUUACCAUUUACACCAUUAACAACAACAACAACAGCAACAACAACAGCAAUAAAAAACAAUAAUAGUUUACCACCAUUUAAUAAUAAUAAUAUCCCAGUAAAUUUAGAACUAAGCUCCUUAUUACCAAUUUUCAAAUUUAUAAACAACGACGAUGAGUUUUAUAAAAUACUGUUCAGCGCUCACUCUAUUAGAAUUAAUACAAAUAUAAAAGAAAGAGUAUUAGAAAUUAUAUCUUGCAAUUGUAUAUCUGCCCUCAGAACAUUAAUAGAACACUUUGAAUGGUAUCAAGUUUCACCUGGUACAUUAAUACAGUCAAUCAAAUUUAACAGUUUUAAAAUUAUAAAAUAUUUAUUUUCAAAAUACUCUACUUUUUAUCAACAAUCACCUAUACAAUCUCUUCCACCACCACCACCACAACAACCAAAUCAACAAAUAGAAUUUAUAAACCAAAUUUGGAAAUUAAUAUUCAAUACACCAAAUGAACUAUUAUCAAAAAGAUUUAAAGUUUUAAAUUAUUUAAUAUCAGAUUUAAAUUUUAUACCUCCCAAAGAUCAACCAUUAUAUUUAAUGAACUUAUUUAGAUUGGAUCCAAUAGAAAAUAAAUUCACUUUAAAACAAUUAUUAGAAUCAUGUAAAUCAAUAUUGCUAUUAAAUAUAGAUAAAAAUACAAUCAUUAAUUUCAAAAACUCAUUAAAUAAAAAUAACCAACAAGAACAACAACAAGAUAAUAAUAAUGAAUAUUUAACAAUUAAGGAAAUAAAUAAUGAAUAUUUAAAAUUUAAAAAUCAAGGUCAAUUAAAGUUGUCAAUAAUCGAUAUCUCUUCAUCAAGCCAACAAGAAUUAGAUCCAAUAAUAAAUAAACUUUUAGAAAUGUACUAUUCAAUAACAAAUAAGAAACCUUUAAUAUAUCAUUUAAUAUCUAAAGAAAAAUGGACAGAAAGCAAUUACCCAGAGCAAGAAAUAUACUCAUUAGAUAAAGCUGAAAUACUGGCAUUCUCAUUCGCAAAUAGUAUAAUAUUAAAAAAAUGGUUUCAACUUAACGAUUUCUCUGGUAAAGAUAAUAAUAGAUACAUUGCAGAAAAUAAAAUUUCAUUGUUAUUUCAACAAGAAGAAUUUCCAAAUUUUUUAUUUAAUAAACAAAUAAUAUCUAAUAAUAAUAAUAAUAAUAAUAAUAAUAAUAAUAAUAAUAUAAUUUUAAAAGAAAAAAAAAUAGAAUUUUUAAUAAAUUUAAUUAAUGAUAUAAAAGAUAAUAAAAUAAAUCAAGAAUCAAAACUUCAACCUUUGUUUUUAUUUAAUAUAAUGGUGGCAAAUGAUGAUCUGGAAUUAAUUCAGUUAGUUUAUCAAGAAUUUGGUUGCGAUCAAUUAAGAGUACCAACAAAGAAUUUUAGCAAUUUCGAUUUCAAUAUAUUUAGAUAUGUCAGAUCAACUCAAGUUUUAGAUUUCAUACUGGCAAACUUCAAAGAUAAAUCACUAUAUAAUAUAAUACCAUUUUACAAAUUUGGAAGAAUUGAACUAUUAUCGCAUUAUGAAAAAUAUUUAACAGAACCAAAUAGCAAAUUAAAGUUUACGAGUUCAAUUUAUUCAUUAUUUUUAUUGCCAACUGUAUUAUCAGCGCCAUCUUCAUCAUCACCAGCUUCAAUUUCAUCUAUUUCCAGUUUACCAGUUAAAAAAGUUAAAGUAGUUUCAUCAAAAUCAAACAAUCAAAUGACAGAUCAACAAGUAAAUCAAUUAUUAACCCAUGAAUCACAAAUUCAACUAACUGAUAAAAUAUUGAAAACCAUAACACAUAUUUUAUCAAGACCCUAUUCGUUCGAAUAUGACUCAGUAGUUGUAAAGUGUUGGUCAGAUUAUCAAUUUUCAAAUUGGUCAGAUUUAGAAUCAAUAAAAACAAUAAUACAAACCACGUCAUACAAUUAUGAAAUCUUUAAAAAGCAUACAACAGAUUUAGAAGAACCCUUUACCAACAUUCAAAUAUCUCUUAUUGAUUGGAUAUUAAAAGAAAGAAAGUUUGAUAUCGUUUCAAAAAGAUGUAAAAUCAGUAACCCUGUUUUAAAAGCAGUAUUAUAUUUAACUGGCAGAGGCGAUGAAUUAUUCAACAGUGAAAUUACAAGCUAUUCAAAUAAUAAUAUCAACAACAACAACAAUAAUAAUAAUGAUUCCAACGAAUCAA